AUGCGUACAGGAAAUCCGUUAAUACCGUUUCCGUGAGCGAACACCGGACAAUGUUGUAAGAAAACCAUCGAUCAACACGUUAAACAUGAAAAGAAACGUUGGGAUCCCUCGUCAGACAUCUCUGGCAACGCCAGUAGUUCCUAAUCCAUUUGUACACCAGAUCGACCUUACAAAUGUGGACAAGAUCAGGAUUGCACUGAUGUCCAUUUUCGUAGUCCCCUUACGUCUGAUCUUCUGUGCCAUCUUCCUCCUUUCCGGCUUUGUGUUGGCCACUAUAGCCCUGGCAUUCAGGACCCCAGAAGAGAAGCAGAAACCUCUUUGUGGAUGGAGAAACAUAUUUCGGCCACUGGUUGUUCUGAUGUGCAGAGGAUUGUUCUUGGCUGGUGGAUUCCACUGGGUCACAAUUAAGGGGAAGCGAGUGUGUGCUGCUGAGGCACCAAUCCUUACCCUUGUACCACACUCCACCUACUUUGAUGCACUGCCCGUUGUAGCCCUGGAACUCACUACCAUUGUUGCAAAGUCCCAAGCAGAAAAAGUGCCAUUUUUUGGAACUCUCAUGGCGUUCACACAACCAGUCUACGUAAAUCGUGAGGACCCUAACUCACGUCAGAACACCAUAAAGGAAAUCAACCGCAGGGCUAAGUCAGGAGGUCAGUGGCCACAGAUAAUCAUCUUCCCGGAAGGUACCUGUACCAACAGAAAGGCUGUCAUCAAUUUCAAAUCUGGUGCUUUUUACCCCUGUAUGCCUGUCCAGCCUGUCUGUAUACGCUACCCCAACAAAAUGGACACUUACACAUGGACAUGGGAAGGCCCUGGAGCAUUUACCUGCUUUUGGUUGACACUAUGCAACUUCCACAAUGCCAUGGAAAUUGAGUUUUUACCUGUUAUUUCACCUAAUGAAGAGGAAAAGGACAAUGUCAAGCUUUUUGCAGAGAGGGUGCGAAGAACUAUGGCAGAGUGUUUAGGAGUACCUACCACAGAUCACUCGUUUGAUGAUUGUCGACUAAUGAAGCAGGCGGGCAAGCUAAAGCUGCCACUCUCUACGGGACUGGUCGAGUUCUCAAAACUUCAUAAUAAACUGGGGGUAAAACUUCAAGAUUUACAGUCAAUGUUGGAAAGAUAUUCGUCCAUAGCUCAAAGUAAUACAGGGGUGAUAACUCUAGAUCAAUUUGCCAAAUAUCUGCAUCUGCCGAAGUCUGAAGCUCUGGAACAGGUGUUUGCCCUUUACGAUAGAAACAGUUCGGGAGUGAUAGACUUCCGGGAGUACGUUAUAGGACUCUCCCUCGUGUCCUCUCCGGUAAACACAGAAGAAACCAUCAAGUUGGCCUUCCAGCUGUUUGAUAAAGAGGACAAAGGUUAUAUCAGCCGGGAUGAUCUCACCAUGAUCCUGCACAACGCAUUCGGGAUGGAAGACGUAGACCGGCUAUUUGAACAGGUGGACACCAAAAACGAUGAGAAGAUCACAUACGAUGAAUUCAAGGCCUUUGCAGAACUGAAUCCUGAAUAUGCGAAGUUAUUUACAACAUAUAGAGAAGCCAAAGUAGCUCCAGGAAACGGCCAUGCAGCUCAUGUUAAAUCGGAGUAGUCGGCCAUCAGUACUGGAGACUGUAACUCUGCAGGUGUUCUUUUACACGAAAUACACAAUUGAUGCUGUUAGUCUUCACAAAUGUGUGGCCACGCCCAUUCCAGUUCAAGAUAAGUCUCAAUACCAGUGGCCUGUGAAAAACUGUGUUAGCCUGCAUGAUUAUGUUUUUACAAAGGAAGUGCAUUGUAUCAACAUAACCAAAUGGGACAUUGGACAUUGGGCCAUCAAUAACGGGUUGCCCUAAAUAUCAUUCAAGGAAAGCUACCAUAUCAAACCUGGUUAUUUUGUUUUUAUGUAAGGCAGUUCAUUAUUGAAAUUGUUGUUUACACUUAAGGCUGUAUGCUACCUUAGACACAUGUGUAAUUUGUGAUAGUUGUAUUCCUUACUUUUGUUUUAUCAGAAUUACCAAGUGUUAUGACUGCAUUUGUUCUUUUGAAUGUAUCACUGAUGUUUUAAGCAUGUGCAAAUUCUCAUUCUGCCAAAUUUCUUUUUUAUGUUUCUUAAAUUGGAAGUCAUUUUUGGAAGUAGAUAAAACAGUGAGGUAGCAUAUCUAUAAACCUAAGGACGAAAAAAUAUCUGACAUCAAAAGUUUCUUAAUUUUGUAUAUUUUGAUUUACCACUGGUAUAUUACUUGUUUUAAUUUCAAAACCCAAAUUGAAGGUGCAGGCAACAUUUAUUUCUAUUUUAAAUUUUAAGAAAUCGAGGUGAAGUUUUAUAAAAUUGAUUUUACUGGAGUGUAAUGGCAUCGCCUGUUUGGUGAUCGGUAAAUAAUGUGAUAUUUUUCUAUAACUAUUAAAUGUGACCGUGAAAAUGCCAUAACCAUCUCAUUACAACAUAGAUAUUGGUGUUGAGUUACUUAUCCAUAAAAGUAUAUUUCUUGACUAUCUUAUAUAACAUACAGCUUAUACACCGAUAUAUAUUUUGUAAUGGAUUGGAAGAUUUUCUGUAUUUUCUAUCCAUUUUUCUUGCAGCGAAAAUCUGAGAUUAUUAAUGGAUUUUUGUUCGUAUGGGUGGGAGAUACUUUUUUACUGGUAUGAUGACAUUUACUGUUAAAUAUGAGCAAUAGUGUGAGUGUUGGCCUUGAAGUUCCACAUCAUUAUAUAAUUACCAGGCUCUGAUUUCUCGAGGAAAAAAUCCAAGUGUAUUUCUUAGCAUAAAUUUGGCCUUGAUUUGUAUUCAUUAAAGAGUUGUUCGAUACUUUUGUGAAGUUUUAUUAGCAUUUUUAUUAUCAGUAGAAGAUUCAUGUUAAUUAUCUUCAUAUUUUAAAAUUUUUACUCGCACUAAGAUUCAUUUGUCAGCCCUCAAAAGCUCUGGUCUAAAAGAAUUUAAAGAAUUUGAAAUAUAUUUGAAAUGAAGAAACCUGAAAUGAAAUCAAUUAGCAAUAAAUAUUUUAUUUAAAAAAAA